AUGUCUUUGUAUCGCGUCUCACCUAUUCCCCUUGAUCAUGUUGAAGUUUUCCGUCAGCAAUCCGAUCCACCUACAAUUCCAUCAAAUCCGAGCUACGGUAUCGAUGCUCCUUUGGGAUUAAUUGCAUCAUCAUUCGCUGCUCCACUUUAUCUUUACGCGACAUUAAGCGGUAAAUUUCAAAUUGUGGAUGAAAUCAGAACAAAAACUAAUCAACCAAUAUCACCAGUGUAUGGGAUCGAUAUUUUCAAUAGUUUUGAUCAAACAUCGAAUUCACCGUUAUCAACAUGUCGAAAUGUCGCGUCUGCAAAUUUGUUAGAUUAUGUUAUAUUAAACAUCGGGAGUUUCCUUGAUUUACCAUUCAAAGAUAAUUCCUUUACAUUAGUUACUUCAUCAUUGGCAAUUCAUAAUGUUUCGAAUACCAAUGAAAAACAACGAGCAAUUAGAGAAUGUGCACGAGUAACAAAACCUGCUGGUUGGUUAUUAAUUGUGGAUUUGAAAGGAAAUGUUUCUCUUUAUGAAAAUACAUUAAAAGAAUUGCAAUGGAAUUCAAUAGAACGAACAUGGGCAGGAAUGAAAAUGAUGUUUGGAGUUUGGCCAUGUGAAGUAUUGAAAGCACAGAAACCAUUUUCGUAA